UCAACAAUAAUGCAUGUUAAUUUAGUCUUAGUCAGCGUUUUUGGACAGUGAUGCAGUCUUGUCAUCGUCUCGCCUUAGUCAUAAAGGUUGUUGACAAACAUAUUUCGUCUCGUCUCGUCUGACGAAAUUAACACUACAAUAAUCCAACCUAGUGUUGAACUAGUGUUUUUGCAUCAUGUCAAAGGUGAUGGUAUUGCCGCAAAGCAAAUAGCAUUAUGGAUGACCUCAAACACACUCUUCAUCCUCCUGCCGUAUGGAAAAAGGUACUAAAAGGGCACUCACAACCUACUGUGUAAGUGUUUCUUUCCACAAGCCAUCAGACUCCUCAACAACUGAACUGAACUGAACUGUACCGAGCACACACUCACAUGUGUGGACUGCACUAUCUGCACCAAAUACACUCUUGUCCAAUACACAUCCAUGUCUACAGAAACACCCACCUCUUUACACGAUGUUUUGCACACUUUUUGCACAUGCUGUCUUGCACAUUUCAGUCAAUUCAUGUUUUGCACACUACAUUUCAAUGUUACAUUAAGUGUAGAUAUGUUUAAAUAAAACCCUCUUGUUUAUAUUCCUAUAAUUUAUAUAAUAAUUGCACAAUGCACACUGGUCAGUGCUGCUUUUUGUGUAUUACAUUUACAGCAUUUAGCAGACACCCUUAUCCAGAGUCAGUGUAGAUUCAUGAAAUAAAACAUUUAACUGUACUCUUUAGUCAGUAGUGUUGCAGAUUCCCAGAUUAAUCCUGAUAAUGCCAAACCCAUGGUUACAGAUCAGUAUGAUGAACCAAUCUUUGUGCUGCAUAAGUCAAACAAUAAAAACCAAAAUGAACCCUUCUUUAAAUUACGUUUGUUUUGUAAAGUAGGGAAAGUUGGAGGUGCUAUUUGGCAGCAUGUCAGAUCACUGUUUCAUCAGAUUUUAAAGUACGGACCAGAAAGACACUCAGAUACACUGUUUAUCAGCUGCAAAAUCUGAUGGUUUACCUCCUUCACAUUUCAGUGACUUUAUCCUCAACCCAUCAGUAAUGGAGCAGCAUCUAUUCAUACUCCUGAUUUUCACAGUACUAUCUGAUCCAGCAGGGGAAAACCUGGAGUGAUGCUCAGGCUUACUGCAGAGCCACACACACUGACCUGGCGAUCAUCGACAGUAAUGACAACAUGGUCCGACUUCAGAAUGAAGCACAAAAACUACAGUUCAGUUCCAGUGCUUGGAUUGGACUCUACAAUCCUAUCAACAGCUGGCGCUGGUCCAUGGGAAAUGAACCACUGGGGACUACGUGGUGGUAUUCAGGUCAACCCAAUAAUAUUGUUGGACAUGACGAGUGUGGUGCGAUUGGUCCCUGGGGUUGGAAUGAUCUGGACUGUACUUCACUACACUCCUUUGUCUGUUUUGAUGUCAGUAAAACUGGAAAUCAGAGGUACAUUUAUAUUUCUACUACUAUGACAUGGCUUGCUGCUCAGACUUACUGUAGGCAGCAUCACACAGACUUGGCCAGCUCGAGAAAUGCAACUGAAGAAUCAGUGAUACAGGGACUGACCUCUGGCUGGACUUGGUUUGGUCUGUUCAGAGACUACUGGAAGUGGACAGACCAAACUAACUUCUCUACCAUCAGCUGGAUGUCUGGAAAACCAGAUAAUGCCCUGAAGAAUGAAAACUGUGGUUAUAUAAAUAACAGUCAGGCUGUUGAUGCUCAGUGCUCAGACAUAAUGCCUUUCUUUUGUUACGCAGAAAUCACAGGACAACAACAAAUACUAAGCGUGAAGGUCCGAUCCAAAGAGGAUGUGAAUGAUCCUGCAGUGAUGAUGGCCAUCUUGGAGCAGAUCAAAGAGAAACUGAAGGAUCUUCUGAGGACACAGAACAUCACAGUGAAAUGGCGAAAACAACCAGAUGGAGUUGUGUUUAACAAGCUGAAAGGAAAAAAUAUACUACCGUAGAAGAUUAAAGUGUGAUCUCUAAAUCUAAAUUCUUUUUAAGUUAUCUUUAUAUUUAUACUGAUUUUGGAAUAUCUGUUUAGUUUUUAUAUGCAUAUUAGCAUAAUAAGAUUUUGAUGUUAAAUCUCUUUCUAUAAUUAAUGUGUAGUUUGAGAUUCUAUUAUGAAACACACUAACUGUACAUUAUAAUAAGGUCUUUGGAUAACAUCUUAGGUGUAAGCAGAUCCUUUAACAUCAUGUGUAAUAUUAUUCAUAUACUUGUAUGAUACUUUAGCACUGUAUUUAUUUAUUGAUUUAUUAAUGUUACUUAUUUAUCUGUUUAUUAAAAAU